AUAUUGAGGUUUAUUAUUAUAUUUAUAUAUUUUUUAUAUUGGCUUAUUGCAUUGAUUGCUGAAACUGCUAUGCAACAAUUUUACUAGAUUUUAUAGCUUAUUGUAUUUGUUAACUGUUGUAUUUGUAACAAUAACAACUGGAAUAUAGGUUAAGUCGUUGCCGCGAUGGACGUGGCGCAUUCGUGUCGCUGCUGCCUGCGGUGUCCGCCGGACAAGGACCUGACGACGCCAUACAUACAUCUCGGUAAAACAGAGAUUUACGUUGAGAUGUUGAAAGACUGCUUCGAUUUACAGCUAACGCUGGGCGGCUUGGGCUCGUGCGGCAUCUGCUCCAUGUGCGUGGGCCGCCUGCGAGACGCGAGCGACUUCAAGCUGCAAGUGCAGCGCAGCCAGGCGGAGCUGCAGGCAGCUGUGUUUAUAAAAGAGGAGCCUGUCAAGAUUGAGAUAGCCGUAGAUAUCCUAGAAGAUGACUCUGAGUAUGAUGUGUUAGAUGAUGAGCCCAUACAGAAAACAGAGAUCAACGAACACGAGACAGGGGAUAUUUUGGAUGAAGAUCCUCUGCUCAAACCGGAGACUUCGGAUAAUGUGAAGAUGGAGAACAUGAUAAAGGGUUCGGACUCCGUGCCUGCCAACGCCAGAGAGCCCGCAAUUCGUCUAGUGAAGCUCGAGCGACUCCGCAGCGAUGAGGGACAUACAACUGUUCACUCUGAAAAGAAAUCAUACGCCUGUGAACACUGCAGCAAAAGUUUCUCAAGCAAGUCUAAUUUAAACAAACAUAAGCAACAGGCACACUUCAUUUCCAAACAAUUUGCUUGUCAUUUUUGUAGUUCUACAUUCCAAACGAAAUUGCUUUUAUUGGAGCACGAGAAAAGCGAACAUGGUGUUACGAAAUUCAUGUGUGCCGAAUGUGAGUAUACAACAGUUGACAAGAAAAGGUUGCAAACUCAUUUGAAGAGACACACAGCCGAAAAACAUUGGAGCUGCCCUCACUGCAGUUAUACAAGUCACCACAGAGGUCAUUUUCAGGAACAUGAAAAGAUACACGAAAAGAAGCCUUACAGCUGUAGCGACUGUGACUAUAAAUGCUGUCGUAAACAAGAACUAAGACGUCAUCAGUUGAUGCACACAGGUGAAAAACCAUACACCUGUAGCUACUGUGACUACAAGUGUAGGGAUAAAAGUAACCUACGACGUCACCAGAUGAAACAUACUGAGACGAAACCUUUUGAAUGUAGCCAAUGCGAUUAUAAAUGCAGUCGCAAAGAGAGCUUGCAAACACACGAGAAGACACAUACCGACGAAAAGCCGUUUAAAUGCAAAGACUGUGAUUUCAAAUGUAAAAAUAAAGCGAACCUAAGACGUCAUCAAUUAACUCACACUGGGACAAAACCUUAUCAAUGUAGCCACUGCGAUUAUCAAUGUAUUCAGAAACGACGACUACUGGAACACCAAAGGGUUCACACAGGUGAGAAACUUGGCAAGAACUACAACUGCAGUCAUUGCGAGUACAGGUGUAGACGAAAUGACCAAUUACGAAAGCACGAAAAGAUACAACAUCAUAUAACAUUAAUUUGAUCGCAAAAAGGAGUUCUUUAUCAAGUCGUAAUGCGCUAAUUAUCGCACUAGUGUACUAUAAAUACCAUAUCGAGGCGAUAUCUUAUUCUAGUUAAUAUUUCUAUUCUAGUUAAAUCAAAGGAUAAAACUCUUGGCAGUUCAGUUUCUACGAAACAUGGCGUCGUACAGCGCCAUCUGCAGCUUUCAAACUAGAAGGCACGAUUUCUUUUUAGACUACACAUAUUAUACAAUUAAUGAAUCUAAAAAUAAUAUACUAUUCAAGUUGUUUCUAUGUCUAUCUCUAAGCUUUAUCUUUGAAUGAGUAAAAUACCAAUAAUUAUACACGAGGAACCCGAAAUAUUUUAACCACGAGGCCAAAGAAAGGAAGAAAUGUUACAUGAGUUUAUGUAAAUUUCGCCAAAAAAAAUGUCUGAUUUUUCACGUGUCGCUUAAAAUUAAUUUUUACUUUUUAUUUCAUAAAACCUAGUUUUUGUAAAGUGUUAUUUGUUACUUUUUUACAUCUAUCAAUAAGGUUAUUUAGACUACGCCAACAUGGCAUCGUCGCCAUCCAAAAGGCGUUUUGCACUAAGUAACAAUAUUAUUGGUAUUAACUCUAAAAGUAAGCAAAUUCCAGAAAAAAUAUAUGCUAUUUUAUUCUUAAAAUACACUGGAUACUGGAUGGAUAGGAAUUUGAGUUCCUCGUGUUACAGCGUGUACGUAGGUAUAUAAGUGUGAUAGAAACCUUAUUUUUACUUUUGUAUUCUAGUUCAAUGAAAUACCUUCAAUAUGUUAAUACCAUGUCUUGAAUUUAUUAAUAGUUUAUUUAAAUUAUAUGAAUAUAUACGUACUGUAAAAUAAAAGUAUGACUAAAGUGUAAAAUAUGUA